AUGGUCUACUGUGGCAAGCCAAGCAAAGGAUGUGGAGAGUGCAGAUCGAGGAAGAUCCGCUGCGACCAAGUCCAGCCGGCCUGUUCGCAAUGCACCAGGGCCAAGCGGGACUGCCCCGGAUACCGGGAUCAGCUAUCGCUGAUGUUCCGCGACGAAAGCAAAUCGGUAGUCCGGAAAGCGGCUGCUGGCGCUAAUAAGAAACGGCCAGAGCGGCCUCGCACUGCAUCCCCAGAAGGGAAUCCUGUGCGGCCGAGACGCACCCCCUGUCCUGUGGACCCGGUCGUGGAUUUCAAUUCCGAUCCACAGCACGCAUACCUGGCCCAGCAGCUCGGCGGGCCUCCAUUGGAGGUGCAAGCGCCACAGGAUGUGGAUUCGGCCAAGUAUGAGGCUAUCUGUUAUUUCAUGAGAUCUAAUUGCAUUCCCGGCACGUUUUGGUCGAGCGAUUUGGUCACCAAGUUCCUGCUGCAGACUGGGGGGCCGGCAAGCCAGAAAGCCAUGCAGGCUAGCGUCAUUGCCACGGCGGCAGCUAUGCUCUCUCGGGUGCGACGAUUGCCGAGUCUCAAAGAUGUGGCCCACAAGGAGUAUGGGUCCGCUUUGAGAUUGCUGAACUCCGCUUUGUCCGACGUGGAGGAGGCCAAGACGAAUCAGACCUUAGGGACGGUCGUGCUGCUAGCAAUUUACGAAGUCGUGACAUCAAGAGCUCCAGAAGAUAUCGACAGCUGGACAAACCAUAUCAAUGGCGCAACCGCCUUGCUGGAUAUAAGAGGAACCGACCAGCUCAAAACUGAGACUGGCCUUCGUUUAUUCAUGCACCUGCGCUAUCAAGUAAUUAUCAGUUGCUUACAGCGAGACGCUCGAGUACCCCAGUCCCUUCUUGAAUGUACCAAGAUUGCCAUGUUUCUCCGACCAGCAGAGGCGCAUGGAAAUCGCCUGAUUAUGAUUAUCGGCAAGCUGUCGAACCUUCGCGCAGAUAUCCGAGCCGAUGCAUACAGCGAUGAACAAGAGAUCAUCUCCGCCGCAUCCGCAAUCGAAGCCGACUUAAUUGCCUGGCUGGCCUCCCUUCCCCCCGAGUUCAACUACACCACUCAUACCAAAUCGCCCUUUGACUUUGUCUUCCAGCGGCGCUUCCGGGGCAUUUCACCCUACGACGACCAGUACCAUGUCUACCCCAGCCUCUGGGUCUGCAAUUCCUGGAACCAGUACCGCAGUGCCCGGAUCAUCGUCAGUGAAAUCAUUCUCUCCCACGUCCGCCAAAUAUCAGACCGCACCUCUCUCAGCUCAUUAUCGGACGAAUUCCGGCUCCAAUGCAAAACGCUUCGAUCCACGAUUCGGCGUUUGGCGGUGGAGAUCUGUCGUGGCGUCCCUUUCCAUUUCAAUGCCCACCAGGCCGAUCGACAAGCCAACCUCCCGCCUCCGGAGAGUUAUAUUGGGGGAUUGGUUUUGAUUUGGCCUCUGUUUGUCGCGGGUAUUGUUGAAAGCCCCAGUCAUGAUCUCCGUCGGUGGGUGGUCAAGUGUUUGCAGAUGAUUGGACAUACAAUGGGCAUUGAUCAGUCCCUCGCCGUGGCCGAUAUUGUGGCGGCCGAUCCUGGUGUCUUGCAUUUUGUGACGGAGGAAGAAGAUCCCCUCGCCAGCUCUGAUGCGCCCGAUCUGACGAGGCGGCUCCCUGCUCCGCCUAUGAACAGUUGUUUUAAAGACAUUCCUGCCUCGGGGAUGUAG